CUAUGGCGCUGCCAUCUAUAACGUGUCAUACCGUGUAAUUUAUGCAUAACCUUGAAAGUACCCGCUAGCAAAGAAAAAAAGUCGUCAGCGAGACACUACAUAUGAGGACGGCUGUGAUUGAGACUUUUGCAAUCACGACUGUUUACACGAUUCACGACCCAUCGACGUUUCUUCCAAGCUCUCUCAUCAGACCUCUCGAUCCAGCUUGCCCAUCUGAGCCGGAGCUGAGGCGUGAUCAAUAGCUCACGUCUCACGAAGAAAUAUCAUGAUCAAAGCGGCUCCUUAGAAUCGCACUGCUUCUCUCAUCGCACGAUGGCAGAAGCGGCCAAGUAUGGGAAUCCAACCGAGUUCGACAUAGAGCUGCAUUCAAUCUAUGCAGCCUACCUGGGCUACUUUGAAUCGACCGAUCUGAGCUGGUGGGAAAAGUCAUGGGGUGGCUACUUCACCGGCUUCAACGAGUUUCUUCAGCACGGUUGGGAGGUCAUGGUCGUGGUGAAUACUGCGACGGGUCGAGCCCAUAUUGCUGCUCGAUCGGAACAGAUCGCCCUCUUUGCCCGAAUGAUUCGGACUCGUUAUGGCGAGUCACUUCCCAAAGAUCCCCCAACGACUUUGCCAUUGGACCCGGUCCCGACCAAGACGCUGUCUCUUCGACGACUUGUCAAAGUCAGCGAUCUCGCCAGCUAUAAGAAGCUAUCUCUGACGCUGCCAGCGGCAGAACUGGCGUUCCUUCGUCAACGGGUUCGAUCCGGAACAGUGGAUACCAUCGAACGACUGUUCCACGAGGGAGAUGAACACGGAGCCGGUUAUACGUGGGCUUGUGUGCAGACUACCUGGUGGGAUAGGGGAGGAGCGCCAAGUGGGAUAAUCCCUGGAUCAGGAAGAACGGCAUCCGCCUCCAAGGGCCUGGUACUGGAGGUCGGCAUGGCUGUAUUGCGUUGCGCCAAUUUGCGUGCAGUGAAUGUCUGGCCACCCGUCCCCGAGGAGAACUAUCGAAAGGCUCAUUUCAUCGUUGAAGAGUGGGUCGACAAGAGAACGAAUUACAAUCCUCCAAGCUAUCCCAGAUCUUAUGGUUUUGGUCGCAGCCACUUUGUGUCAGAAAGGGAGAUGCCUCGCAUCUUGGACGCCUCUAUUGCGGCAAUUGCAUCGCAAGGAACAGAAAAUCAGGCCAACACACUCAUCCUCAUUGGCUGUGGGGACCAGUCACCUUUACCGCUCGCCGCCAACUCAUCCGUCCCUAACAAUGUACUCUAUCUCGAUGUCCUCGCCCUGGAGUAUCGCUUCCUCCGCAGAGCGCGUGACCAGGGUGUGACUGGCAUACCUGACCGGCACGGUCCUCUCCCACACCUGACAGCCUUGCUGGAAGUCCUUCAGAUUCCCACGACUCCGAAUGUUCCGCUGGGCAAUGCAGGCAACGAGGCUUUUUACAUUCUCCUCGCAUUCCAGAAACUGAUGCUGGCCGACACUAGCAUCCCCAACGUACUCUACCAAGUCAACACAUAUCAAGAGGUACCGCAUAUACGACCAUUCGCCCAUACGCAACGGCGGUUCUCUUCACCGUCACAAAUUGAAGGCCCGCCGCCCUCCAUCGCUCGCCCGUCUUCCGGCAUGCUGGAGGACUUUGGCGGUCCAUCAACGUCGUCUCGCAACACAGCACCAAGAGCGCGCACUGUGUAUUGGGAUGAUGCGCACCAUUCGUCUGCGGAAGGCAGCCCAUCACCUCCACGCGAUCGUCAAGCCCUCAAGAGGAACGCCCACAGCACGAGCACUCUGCCUGUCGGUCGAUCGGCUUCCCAGGGCCCCUCGCCACUCCGAGAACCGCUUCCGCUUAGUUCAGAUAAGGAUGGCAAGCGAGAGAGCAAGAUGAGAUCGGACAAAAGCGUGAAAGAUCUAGCGGGAGCGCUAGCUCGUUUUUGGGUGGGGUAGAUACAUGCAAUGCAUCAAGCAUCGACUGUUUGCUGCGCUUCGACAGUCGCCAUAUUCGCUGCUGCUCUCUGCGCAGACUCUGCCCGUCUCUUCUUCAACACAUUCUCAAUGAAGAAUUCUCCAGCCUGAUGAUCAGUCAAGCGUCUCUCUGCAUUCCUCACCUUGUAGCUCGACCUGACCA